AUGUCGGCUCUCCUGUCUGCAUGCCUGUUGGUCUGCCGGUCUGUCCGAGAGCCUGGCAAUGGGCUUGGCAGUGGUACUUUUUGCAGGAGGUGGAGGUACAAAGACAGACAGUCAAUGUCUGCCGGCUUGGGUACGCGGCUUGUCUGUCCAGAUUCGAACGCAGCUCCGGCCAAAUCCGGUCAGGGCAAAGUCUGGACUAAGCAAUUGUCGCUAUCCCAUCCAGGCAAUUACCUAAUGGCCGCCAGACAGUCAAUGUCCGGAUUCUUUCUCUCGCCAGCCCUCAACAUCACACUUACAACAUUAUCGCCUUCAAGCCCAAAACUAUGCAUUCGUGAGAUAAGCCAACUCUGA